AUGGCCUUCAUUAUGGAAAUCUACACCGACGGUGGAUGUAGAGGCAACGGAAGCCCAGAGGCAACGUCUGCUGCCGCUAGAAAAUACUGUCGUUCUAGGACAAGAAUAUUGCCUUCAAAUACAACUCCUACAAGCCAGCGGGCUGAACUCACUGCCAUAAUUCUUGCACUGGAGCAAGCCCUCGUUAAGUAUGACGAGCUCCACGGAGCUCCACGCCUAAAAGUGAGGAUCUAUUCGGAUUCCAAAUACGCCGUUGGUUGCAUGACAGGUUCUAUCGACAAGUGGGCCAAUAAUGGAUGGACCAAUGCUAGAGAGAAUCCGGUUUCAAAUCAAGAUCUUAUCCGUAAGGCCGCUGAUCUUGAUGGCCGGGUGAAGGAGGAGGGAAGUGUGAGAUACAUCUUGAUUCCAAGGGCUAAGAACGAUUUUGCCGAUAGGAAAUGCAAUGAAGCAUUGGAUGGGCUUUGA